CCUACCUCGAUUUAAGUGCCCAGACAGUAUCCCAACCCUCACACAAAUCGAGUGAUGAUUACGAAUGGAAAAACUAUUCUUGCUUCAAUUCAUUCACAUUCUGAUAAAUCACUUACACAAUCAUUUGGUAGCAUUCGUAUUUAUUUACUAUAUUACGUCACUUGUCUAAUACUUUCUAUUCUCAUUUUGUGUAUCCUUUUAUUUUUCGACUUAUACAGCAGCUCACCUGUGGAGAAAACCAUGUCCUCUCUAAACGACUUAAAUUCACUGAUUUAUUUCAUUGUCACACACUAAUUUCUGUUCGUUGUUGCUCUUGUUUUUAUUAUACCCUCCCUCCAUUCUCUAUCUCCUCACAACCAUUAUUAUUAUGUGGUGCAUAUGUAUUCGGUGCCCCCUUGUACCAAUGUUUAUGUGUCCAGAUAAACAAAAUUCUGAUUCCUGGCACUAUUUUGAUGCCGUUCUUAAUCAACUAUCCCUUGUCGAGUAAUAUUUUGUCCUCUACUUUAUUACUUCUGAAUGUAACAUAAAUUAGCAGAAUAUUGUUUAUAACCCCACCCCUUAAUCUUUUCAGCUUAUUUACUUACCAUUCAUGUUGAUCCAACGGAACCUCAGAGACCACUCUGUGUUAGUCAUCGUCCUGAGCUUACUACUUCGAAAUCUCAAUUAGUUGGAGCUACUGUACAAGGAGAUUGUUUAUCUAUCGAAACUUUGCUAACAAGAACUAUGGUGGCUCGAGCUGAGCAAAUGCUACAGGAUUUGAGACAAGAGCUACUGAUUAUCAGUCCUGGACCUGUACGUCUUGCCGAUGCUCCAUUAUGCUUGUAUGUUCCACUUUUAUGGCCUUGUAGUCCACAUGAGUUAUUACAAGUACGCAUAGAUCCUGUACAAGGUUUUGUAUGCACUUCAUUUCCAUUACUUACUUCACUCGAUACUGAGUUUGGUGCUAUUGGAUCAGUUGUUGCUAGUGUUAAUUUUAGUCCUCCUGAAGGAGCUUCUGAAAAUUUUUCUCGUUCCAGUGUUAUUAAUACACUUGCAUCACUCGAUUCUGCUUUUAAUCAAUCAUCUUGUCAUCGUGUUCGUCUUGUGUCUGCUACAGGAGCUCUUGUCCAACCUCAUGAAAGUGAUCGUAUUUGUUCAAUUCAAUCUCGGAGUUUACGUAAUCUUUCCCACGGAGAUGCUCGAUGGCGUUCUGUGAUUUGUGAGUGCUUGGAACAUCUACGAUUGUGUUUAGGUUUGGCCAGGUUAAUGCAGACAGCAAAGAUACACCGACCAUUUUGGCAACCGUUUAAACGUCAUCUUCCUCUAAUAUUGUCUCCUGCACAAGUCAACUUAUCAAGUUUAUGGUCUCAAAUGCUAGUCCGUUUACAGCAGUCAUAUCGUUGGCCUAUAUUAUUUGCUCAGUUAUUUCCAAAUAACGAGUACUAUAUAGCAUGCGAAGUUAUUUCUGGGCCAUUGAAUGUGGACUACAAAUAUUACUUAAUUGUUUGUAAUGCCCUUCCAGAACAUAUGAAUAUCACUACAAAUUUACAAGGUGUACUUGUUUUCAACUCGGAAGUAAAUCCCGCCUCUGGACAUUUAAAUGAAACUGGAUUAUUUCUUCAGGUGACUCACUUCACGCCGCUCAUAGCUGAUACCGUUUGGUCUAAUAAUCCAUCAACAACGCUGGAGCAAUUAUGUGCUUGUAUUCAAAAAGCUCAAUCUACCAUAGCUAGUCAACGCUCAACACGUUUAAAUGAAUUAUUAAAUAAACUAAAGCUGUCACAUGCAAUUGACAGUGAAUCAGUUUAUAGUGAUGCUGCUGUUGUUACUCGCAAAUCAGUGCGUUUAUUUGAACCUCAAGCUACUGUACCAACAUUAGCUCGUUUAAUUGGUACUUUGGAAGAGAAUAUACUCACUAAUUAUUUAAUGGUGGAACUUUCAUGCGCUGGCAUAGAACACAAUGGAAUGCGUUAUGACGGUGCAGGUUGUCUAUCUGCGAUUACAAUUACGAGUAUACCAUUCAAUCCGCCAAGCUGGCAUCCAUCAGAUAUUAUUCCUCUAGUCGAUUUUGUUCAUGGAAUGAUACUCCGACCACAUUUCGAUCCUUUUACACAUCGUCGAAGUUGGCAAUUAGAUAUUGUCUUUACUGGUAUCGUAGCUCCUUUAAAUGGAAUUAAUCAAAUGUCUUCAACUUAUUUGCGUCAUCAAACUGCUGAAUGGACUGUAGCAAGAUUAGAACAUUUCAAUAUUGUCGUACAAAAUAUACUGGUAGAAUGGGAAAAUUUGUGUUCAAUGCAUGCUUUAUGUUAUCAUGUUAUCAGUAAUCCCAAUAUUUAUCUUCCUAAAGGUGUACAAGUUUAUUCAUACAAUCUUAGGACAUUAUCAUUGAUUUAUGGUAAAUACUACUUGGCUGAUAUAUCUAAUCCAACUGGACAGAAAUUUACAUUGUCCUUAGGUUUUCGACCAAUAUCAUUGAGUAUUAGUAAUAAUACAACAAGAGAAUUAAACUAUGACGAUACCAAUAUGAGUAAUACAAUAAAUGUUGAUUUCAAUCCACAUAUGAUCGCUAGACAACACUUAGAAGAAUUGUUAAAUGCUAGGAAGUCGAUAUAUUUUUUAGCUACAACAAUGUUGAAUACAUUGGAAUUCUUUCGAUGUGUGGAACCGCUCCGAGAUCAAGUUUUGUCUUAUAAUGGUCUUAAGGUUUCUUCGCAUAUUCAUUGUAUACAACCUGUAUGUGGUAUGCUACUGAUCGCUUUAUCCCCUAGUGAUCUUAUUCUAAUAUAUCGUGCAUCACUAAGCCUACGAAUUACACUAAAUACUAUUGAACAUUCAAUUGUAUCGUCUGCAAUGUCAUUAUCUAACAAUAAUAAUGAUGCAUUAAAAACAACUAAAUCUAUUCAAUUACUUGAUGCCUAUAAUCAAUUAACAACAGGGAAAAAGCCCUAUCCACCUAUUUUCAAUACAAAUGGAUGGAAUAAUCAGAUGUUAGAUGACAAAGCUUUAUGCAACUUAGCUCCAUUACCUGCUUUCUCGAAAUUCCUAAAAUCCUUGCAAGAAUUAUUUUGCAUAAACUCAGAUGAAAAAUUGACCAGCUUAACACUUACUCAGUUUGCUCAACUAACAAGAUUAACCUUUGACAAAUUUAAAUCAAGCAUAAUGUCAUCGAAAACAUUUUCUCUAACAAAUUAUCGUCGUACUGAUCCCGGUCCAACGUUACUUGAAUCUUAUUUAUCAACAAGUUUAUUAUUUCAUGCUGCAAUUUUAGCUAUACAAAGUUUAGAUGUACCAAUUCAUCAUGUUCAUAAUGAAAUCCCCUACGAUCUACAACAACAACAAACAGAUGAACAACAACGAAUCAAAAAUCAACAUGAUCUACUUGAAAAUGCGGUGUUUAUAUGUAUUUGGCCAGUGAGUCAAUUAACUGUCCAAUUGUCAAUGUUAUGUCAACCAACUACAAACAACGGAAUUGAAUCUUUCUGGUGGAGGCUCAAACUUCAACUUAGUCAAAGUGUCAACUCAUGUGAUCGUUGGCCACCUGAAACACUGAAUGUUUUUGAGGAGUUUUUUGAGAAAAGAGUUUGUUCCUUCCCAUUUCAACCAAGUGCUGUGACUGCGUUUUUCCGAUUAUUGUUACUACCUCCGCAUGCGUUACGUGCAAUGGGUCGUGUUCUAGCGUUUGAUUUACAUUCACCUGCUCAAGCUCCUGUUUAUGUACGUAUAGGUUUAAUUGGGAUGGGUGUUAAUUCACGUGUUACUGCUAUCAGUAGCAGUAGUUCAUUAACAAAUCAACCAACAAACACAGCAGCCACCGGGGCUGCACAAAAUCUACUCACAUUUGACACUGGUUCUGACUUACAGCCUGGUAUGCCUGGUAUCAUUGUUCGUCCAUCGAAAAUCACAUUGCAACUGUUAAUAAUGCGUUCACAUUCACGACAUUUGUCUAAAAAUCUUAUCCCAUUAGCCCAAUUAGUUGUUGUUGGUUAUGAUUGGGAUGUAAAUCAUGUUGUUAUCUAUCCAACUAUUAAUCAAUCACAAAAUAUAAUGACAAAUAAUAGAAAUCAAUCAGAUGCAAUUGGUUUAAAUCUUUUAAGAUUAUUACAUGAUACUGAUGUAGAAUCGAAAGCAAAUGCUAUGGCAACCAGUAGUAAUGAUUCAGCAUUAGUUCAACUUGUUCUACUUAUUACACAAACUGUAGCUGCAUCAUAUCCAAUCAGUUCAGCUGAUUCUACUUCAUUGAAUAAUUCCAAUGUGAUGACUGGAUUCGGUAUAGGAGGAAGUGUUAACAAUGGAGCUGGUGUUGGAUCACAACAAGCAUUGUAUGGGUAAAAAUUUGUUGUAAAUGAAAGAUUUUUUUGUUUGUUUGCUUGUUUGUUUUUGAUGAAGUUUAUUUUUCUUUUAUUGGUUUUUUUAAUCCGUUUUUUUUUAAAAAUAAGAUUUCUUAUCAACCUUUAAUGUAUGUACAGUCACAAGGUUUUUCUCUAUAAUUUUUCUUUUGAAUAAAUUUGUAUUGUAUUAUGAUUUGUAUAAUAAUUAGUUGUUUCUUUUGUAAAGAAAAAUUCUACUUUCUUUCCUAUGCAUUUAAUAAAUGAAUUAUUAAUCAG